GGCCGAGCGCGCAUGCGCCAGCGCCAGCUCCCGGGCCGCCUGUGUGGGGGCGUCUGUAGGGCUCUUUCCUGGGUCUCCGCCACCCACGCCCCACAGAGAGAGUCGGACUCACGCUACUGCCCCCACCCCCGCCGCGACCCCGCUCCCGCUGAACCACUUUUCCCCCUUCUACACUCUCGGCCCCACCCCCACCCCACCCCGCCCCUAUCCCAGCGUGUCGCGGGCCGCAGCAGCAGAAACCGCACCGUCUGCAUCCCCACAUUCUCCACGCGGGACGCGCCGCCGUGCCGACAAGUGUUCUUAAAGCAGAGAUGAAUAAUACUGCAGCCAGCCCAAUGUCUACUGCCACUUCAAGUAGUGGAAGAAGUACAGGAAAGUCUGCAAGCUUUGCCUCAGAAUUGCAGAGUAUGAUGUUUUCUUUAGGUGAUUCUAGGAAACCUCUUCAUGAAACAGCAGUUUUGGUAGAAGAUGUGGUACACACUCAGUUAAUUAAUCUGUUACACCAAGCUGCUGAAGUUUCUCAGCUCCGGGGAGCAAGAGUAAUAUCUCCUGAAGAUCUUCUGUUUUUGAUGCGCAAAGAUAAGAAAAAACUUAGAAGACUGUUAAAAUACAUGUAUUUCCGAGACUACAAAUCAAAGAUUGUCAAAGGCAUAGACGAGGAUGAUCUUCUUGAAGACAAAUUGAGUGGCAGUAAUAAUGCAAACAAAAGACAGAAAACCGCACAGGACUUUCUCAACUCUAUUGACCAAACGGGAGAACUCUUGGCGAUGUUUGAAGAUGAUGAAAUUGAUGAAGUUAAACAAGAAAGAAUGGAGAGAGCAGAAAGACAAACUCGAAUUAUGGAUUCAGCCCAAUAUGCGGAAUUCUGUGAAAGUCGACAAUUGAGUUUCUCCAAAAAAGCGUCCAAAUUUCGAGACUGGUUGGACUGUAGCAGUAUGGAGAUAAAACCCAAUGUUAUCGCUAUGGAAAUUUUGGCAUAUUUAGCGUAUGAAACUGUGGCACAGUUGGUGGAUCUGGCUCUACUUGUGAGGCAGGACAUGGGAACCAAGGCAGGAGACCCGUUCGGCCACGCCAUUUCGGCCGCCUUCAUUCAGUAUCACAGCUCUGCCGAGGGAUCUUGCAUGAAGUCCUACCCAGACUCCCCUGAGAAUACACCUCCUCCUACACCAACAGCUCCAUCCUCUGGACCACAGCAUGCAGGGAAAGCCACAGCAGGAUCCCUCGGGAAUGGGACUGUUGGACAAGACUCAGCAAAAACCAAGCAAAGGAAAAGAAAAAAGAGCACUGCGGCCUGUGGUGUUGAGGCUCACAGCGAUGCCAUCCAGCCCUGCCACAUCAGAGAGGCCAUUCGGCGCUACGGCCACAAGAUUGGCCCCCUUUCCCCAUUCACAAGUGCCUACCGCAGGAACGGGAUGGCUUUUCUGGCCUGCUGACGUGGCUGGGACUGGACCGCGGGAAAGGCGAUGCUCGGGGAAGGUAGCGUCUCGUUCUCCGUGGGCCUUAUCUUACCUGGCUGAAAACUUCCAGGCUGUCGGACUCCGUCCAUUUGCUCAGCAAGGAGACUUCUGACCCUGACCGCGUCCCAGCUGCCCCCAGACCGGGACCCUUUCCAACCCGCUGCAGCCCAGACAAGCACAGGGCGCCGCCGUGUCACAAAUAAUUCCAUGCUUAGAAUUCAGGCCCCUGAAUUGGGGGAAUUUACCGUAGGAGCUGACGGAAGCAAAAUGUCCAGAUUUAAUCACUUCUGAAUUUAAUUUCACACACAUAUUUUACUCCUGAUAUCCUCUGCAUCGAACACUUUCCCACAAGAAGAUGAAGUGGCGAACACGGUGCGCUUCCCCCGGGGAGCCCAUGCCCAAGGUGUGUGUUCUGCUUCAUUUUUUAAAGGAUUCUUUUGGCCAAUACACAUCCUCCGAGUCACUGUGUGAAAUCCAGUGCCUGAUUCCGAAAUGGUGUGCAUCUGCUGGACAUACGCCCUGUUAAACGCUCAUGACUGCCGACAAAUGUGAAAAGUAUUACCAGGCCUAUUUUUAACAUUGUUUUGGCAAGGCUGCUGCUGUGGGGGGGAAAUUCCUAUAGAAUCUUAAUGACCAAGCUGAAUGAUUCUUUGAAAUGUGGUUGUGAUUCCCCGACUUAUAGUGGUGAUGUCAGUGGUGCUGAGAAGCAAGAAACAGUAGAAUCGCUCAUUUGCCAGCAGGCUCCAGAGAGACCCCAGAAGGCUGUGCGGGCGGCCUGCGCCUUCCCUUUGGCUCUGAGGGCCACGUGUGCCCCCGCCCAGGGCACGUCUCACGCGCUGGGUCUGCCAUCUCUGCGAGCCUGUGUCACCGAAGGGCACGCUGUCCGUGUGUGCUUUUACGGGACCGGACCCGCCGCUGGCCUUUUUCUGUUUGUCGCCCGCAUUUGUCUUCCAGAGAAGGGCCACCUGUUCCCGCUGCUGGAGAGAGGCGUGGCUUUCCUCCCGCUCCCUGAGGCCCCUUGGUAGCACUGAACGGCAAGGGGCCAGAAGUUCAAACUCUGAGGACGGGGAAGGGAAGCCUGAAGGAGGCCUGUCCGCAUGUCCUCACGCACACCGUCCCUGCGGCCUCCGCGCCACCCACUCUGAAUCCUGCCUGUCCUGUCCUCAGUGGCACAGGCCCCAUUGGAACUAGGCGUCAGGCCGUUCAGUUCUGGUGACUUGCACAGGCUGCGCCCUGCACACAAGCAGGCCUGGGGGCCCGCGUAGGGCCUUCACCAGCGGGCGCUGCCUGGCCGAGCCUGGCGUCCUGCUCCGGGACACGUGUCAGCCUAGAGCAGUGAUGGCGAACCUAGGACACGCGUGUCAGAGGUGACACGCAAACUCAUUUUUUUGGUUGAUUUUUCUUUGUUAAAUGGCAUUUAAAUAUAUAAAAUAAAUAUCAAAAAUAUAAGUCUUUGUUUUACUAUGGCUGCAGAGAUCAAAAAAUUUCUAUAUGUGACACGGCACCAGAGUUAAGUUAGGGUUUUUCAAAAUGCUGGCACGCCGAGCUCAAAAGGUUCGCCAUCACUGGCCUAGAGCAAGGUCACUCAGAAGGAGCACUGAUUCUCACUUCUCCUCCCAGAGGAGGCACCAUUUUGUAAUUCUUCUGCCUGAGAGGACACAUUUUGGGGGUUUUACAGAGUCGCUGUGAAGACUCACAGGAACCUGGGCCCGGCCCAGGAGGGUCAGGACGCGGCACACCGACGGGGCAGAGCUGGCUGAGUCCGCCGUGAGUGUAAAUGGUGUCGCUGCUACUCUGGGAAGAGUGCUCCCCGAUAAGUUAUUUCUCCCUGGACAGCGAGUCUGGAGGCCCUCAGCGUUUCAGGACCCGCCAUCGCUACGGGAGGAAUGACUGGGUUCAGCCCAAAGCCUGCGGGACCAGUGUCGACAGAGAGAGCUGUGCUCCGUUUAAAUCAGGGGCCAGUCUGGUUCUGUUCUGGGGGAAUGAGCGUGCGCAGUGGCCUGACGGUUCUCUCUGAAUCUGUCAUAAAGUCACAGGCUCACUGACCUUUGGAGCCGAGGAAGCCUGGGACCUAGUGAGAUCCAGCCUGCACUUUCCAGGAUGGCCCAGGAGCGGAGGCACCGGCCCUCGUC